AAUUUGCUCAUCAGCUGCACUCCACUCUCCUCUGUCAUGCAUUAGUGGCAGCAACAGCAACAGCAACCAAUUCUAUUACACUUUCAGUGACCAAAACAAACACACCGACACGUGACGCCUUUAAUUUUCUCUGCUUCUGCUGCAACUGUAACCCCCAUUUAACACUCUCUUUCUCUUUAACUCUCUAACUCUCACUUCUUUAUGUUUGUGUUUAUGUUAAUCUUACCUCACUGAGUCUCUUCUUUCUUACUAAUUUAUCACAAUUCACUCAUACCCAUCUCUUAAUUCAUUCUCUUUUUCAUUUCUCUAAUUACCCAUCUCAUCUUUCUUUAACUUUUUCUUCUCUUUUACUAAAUUUCACAUCUUUAAAUCCAAUGCACGGUUACAGCCGCCUUGGCAAUGGCCGAUCUGUAACUGUAACUGCCGGAACAACAACUCCUUCUCCUCCUUCUUCUCCCCGUCUCCGCCACGGCAGGGGUAAGAACGGCUUAAAUGGUGGCGGCGGCGGGUUUGGUGGUGGUGGUGGUGGUGGGAGGUCAAAACAGAAUAUAGUAGAGAAAGUAAUGUUUAUAAUAGUGACAAUUGUGUUUAAAAGAAAAGGGGUGCUUUUGUUUGCUCCAGUGCUGUAUAUUUCUGGGAUGUUAUUGUAUAUGGGAUCUUUGAAUUUUGAUGUUGAUUUAAAUUUGAAGAAUGGUGGCGUUGGUGUUGUUGUAAGGAAACGUCCUCCUGUUGGCUCUGUGUACAGGAGUCCUCAGGUUUUUAAUAAGCUGUGGCCAUAUAUGGAGGCUGAGAGCAAUGGGAGCUACAAUGUGUUGAUGAAAGCAUGGGAUCUAAAGGUGCAUGAAGGUUGGAAGCCUUGUGGGAAUGAUAGUACUUCUCAAGCAGAAUUGCCCAAGUCUAAUGGUUAUCUAAUAAUCGAAGCAAAUGGUGGAUUGAAUCAACAACGUUUAUCGAUAUGUGAUGCAGUUGCUGUAGCAGGACUAUUGAACGCUACGCUUGUCAUCCCAAUUUUCCAUCUAAAUAGUGUUUGGCAAGAUAAAAGCAAAUUCGGAGAAAUAUUCGAUGAAGAUUUCUUUAUAGAUUCUCUUAAGAAUGACGUGGAGGUCAUUCGAGAACUCCCAAAAGACAUACUUGAGCAAUUUGACAAUAACAUAAGCAGCAUUGUGAAUUUGAGAGUCAAAGCUUGGUCCAGCCCAGCCUACUAUCUUCAGAAGGUGUUUCCUAAGCUGAUUCGUAUGCGGGCAGUGCGCAUUGCUCCUUUCUCCAACAGACUGGCUCAUGCAGUUCCUUCGGAUGUCCAGGGGAUUAGAUGCUUAGCCAAUUUCGAAGCAUUGAGGUUUGCAGAACCCAUAAGGACACUUGCAGAGAAAAUGGUGGAUAGGAUGAUCAAAAAUAGCUCAGAAAGUGGGGGGAAAUAUGUUUCAGUGCAUCUCCGAUUCGAAAUGGAUAUGGUUGCAUUUUCAUGUUGCGAGUAUGAUGGCGGGGAGGAAGAGAGACGGGAAAUGGAUAUUGCUAGAGAAAAAAGCUGGAGAGGAAAAUUUAGGAAAAGAGGUCGAGUUAUAAGGCCUGGAGCAAACCGUGUGGAUGGAAAAUGCCCUUUAACUCCACUUGAGGUGGGCAUGAUGCUUAGGGGCAUGGGAUUUGAUAAUACCACUUCAGUGUAUGUUGCAGCCGGUAAUAUUUACAAAGCAGAGAAGUUUAUGGCUCCACUUAAACAGAUGUUUCCACGUUUAGAAACAAAAGAUUCACUAGCUACUGCAGAAGAACUUGCGCCAUUUAAGGGCCACUCAUCUAGGUUGGCUGCGCUUGACUAUACAGUUUGCCUGCACAGUGAAGUCUUUGUCACAACUCAAGGUGGCAAUUUUCCUCACUUCUUGAUGGGUCAUCGGCGAUAUUUGUUUGGAGGACAUGCAAAAACAAUCAAACCCGACAAGAAGAAAUUGGCUGUUUUAUUUGAUAAACCCAGUAUCAGAUGGGAAGUCUUCAAGCGUCAAAUGCAAGAUAUGCUCCGUCACAGCGAUCUCAAGGGGUCGGAACUGCGAAAGCCUAGUGCAUCACUUUACACAUUUCCAAUGCCCGACUGCAUGUGUAAGCGACCCGAAACGAAGCAUGAAGCCGAUAACACAACGAAACAUAAUUUAUCUUUAACAAGUUUAUAGUUUUUGGCACUAGCAUUACAUAAUUCUUAUACGUGUAAUUCUUUUUGUGUAUCAUUAAACUUAAUUAGAUCAUUAGAUUACAUUUUUUCAUUAGGAUUCAUUCAUUCUUUGAGGUUGAUUAACUCAGGCUACACGUAGCUAAAUGAUGUACUCACAAAUUCGUUGUAAAUGAUGCUUUAUAAAUGUACAAGAUAUAUAAUCUGUGUUGGUAAA